UCCUCAUAUCCCUCAGACCCUUCCUCAUCUUUGUAGCCCUCUUUAGACGCUCUCUAACAGCUUUAUGGCCUUUCUGUACUGCAGUGCCAAGAACUGCACACAGCUCUGAAGGUGAGGCCGCACCAGUGCAAGGUGGAGGCAGACAAAUCACUUCAUUAGUUGAAGUGAAUCCACCAGAUAUUUCUCUCCUUCAGAUUUUUUUGUUUGCUUGACGGAUUUUCUCACUUUAUAUUUUACAAGGCAUUGCCUUCUUAAAUUCAUAAAACAAAUUGCUGACAACUUUCAGAGCGCAGGCUGCACACAUUAUGAAAUGCAGCGUGCUGAGUCGUACGUGUAACUGUAACAGUGACAACUCCAGCCCUUAUGUAUUUAUUUACAGACUCUUUACGUUUUCCUUAAGACUGUAAUUCCCUUCAGCGUAACUCAGUUACGCCCAGCCUCUUCUGGACGCUGGCCUUCCCCUCGCUUUCCCCCGGUUCCCGCCGAGGCGGGCAGUCCCCUCAGCAGCGCCACAACGGCUGCGCACGGGAAAGCCCGCCCAGGCCGCGCCGAGCCCGACCGUUAGGGCCGCUCCCCGUGCCAGGAAGCGGGAGGGCGGGGCGGGAAGCGUAGUCACGAGCUGCAGGAUGACGCUACGCAGCCCCGGAUGUUGGCGGCGCCGGCUGCCUCAAGCGCCGCGGGCGGAAGAGAGUGACGGGGGUGGGUUUCCUCCCGCAGGGGCCGCUCCCGUCCUGUCAGGGCGCGAUGGGCACGGCGCUGGACAUCAAGAUCAAGCGGGCCAACAAGGUGUACCGCUGCGGGGAAAUUCUUUCUGGAGUUGUGGUCAUAACAAGUAAGGACACAGUUCAGCACCAAGGCAUCUCAUUGACAAUGGAAGGAUCUGUAAAUCUGCAGCUUAGUGCCAAAAGUGUGGGUGUGUUUGAAGCUUUCUACAAUUCUGUCAAGCCUAUUCAAAUUAUUAACAGCACUAUUGAAAUGGUAAAACCAGGGAAGCUUCCCAGUGGCAAGACAGAAAUUCCUUUUGAAUUUCCAUUGCAUGUGAAGGGCAACAAAGUUCUGUAUGAGACAUAUCAUGGUGUCUUUGUUAAUAUUCAGUAUACCCUGCGGUGUGAUAUGCGACGUUCUUUGCUGGCAAAAGACCUAACUAAGACUUGUGAAUUCAUUGUUCACUCAGUGUCACAGAAAGGGAAACUGACACCGAGCCCUGUAGACUUCACAAUUACUCCUGAAACUUUGCAGAAUGUUAAAGAGAGAGCAUCACUUCCAAAAUUUCUCAUCAGAGGCCAUCUGAGUUCUACAAACUGUGUCAUUACGCAGCCACUAACAGGGGAGCUGAUAGUGGAGAGUGCAGAAGCUGCAGUCAAAAGUAUUGAGCUGCAGUUAGUGCGUGUGGAAACCUGUGGGUGUGCGGAAGGUUAUGCCAGAGAUGCCACAGAGAUACAGAAUAUUCAGAUUGCUGAUGGAGAUGUCUGCAGAGGCCUACCAAUUCCUAUAUACAUGGUGUUUCCCAGGUUGUUCACUUGCCCUACCUUGGAAACAACAAACUUCAAAGUGGAGUUUGAAGUGAACAUUGUUGUCCUUCUGCAUGAUGAUCAUCUCAUCACAGAGAACUUCCCACUGAAGCUCUGCAGGAUGUAAAUAGCCAGAGGAAGAAUCACUGGAGAAGGAUGAAAUUACUCACAGAUGAGAUUUUAUCUUAUCUUGUGUUAUUUGAAGUGAAAACUUAUCACUUCCUUCUUCCUGAUGGUGGUUCUUGGGCUUUCAGUCAUCUCAAAACCUGCGCCUGUCUUAUGAUAGCCUACAUGGACUAACUAUCUUGAGAGCCCUGUGAAGUGUCUGAUUUCAGCAGCCAGAUUUUCUGCUUUUUUUCUCUCAAGCAAAUUGUGAAUGAUUUUUUGCAUAUUUUCACAAGUUAUAGAAAUAUGCAAAGUAAGUUUUCCUGUUUAAUUCAUAAUGUAAUACUUGUUCCAAAGUCCUUCAAAGACGACUUAAAUGAAGUCAGUCCUGUUAUAUAUGGUGUACAGUAUAUAUAUUUGAGGAGGGGACAGGACUGAAUAGUAUCUGAGGAAAUAUAAUAAAUGAUGCUACUACA